AAUAGUACAGUUCGUGUGCAGUUGAGGAUACAGGCAGUGCCAAGCUAUGUAUCGAGAGGGUUGUUUUAAGACAACAUGAGCAAGCUUGUUUUUGUCUGAUGGCUGAUGAAAGCAGACACUGGGAUGUCCAGCCAGAGAGACCGACUACUAAGUAACAUAGAGGGACUGUCGGGCGUGCUCUAACAUCGAUGAGGUGUUCCAUAUUACCACAUCUCUCAUUCAUCAGAGAAAUAUAAAAGUGUGAGUCUAAACCUACCUGAUGCUGGAAGACAAACGAGUAGCAGACACAGAACGAACGGAACGACAAGACUUGUCUUCGGUUCCAUCCUGAAGCCUGGUAGUGAUGUCGACUUGCCUUGUGCGCUACUUUUAUAUCCACUCUGGGGAUCAACUCCGCCCCUUGCAUGAUUUUUCCAGGUUAAUUUAUUUAUUUUGGCAUGUGGUGUGGCAUUGUUCUGUUUGGUGGACCCUGAUUUUCAAGCACAACCUUUUGAAGAAAAGUUUAUGCAGUGUAAUUCCACAAAAAGCAUGACGUCAUGGGAACCGUGGCCAAUCACAGAAGAGGAGGGGAACUGCAGAGCUCCGGGUUCCUUCUACGCGGGAAGGAGCAGGCGGCCACGGGUUGGACGUGUAUAGACCAUGCCGAGACUCACGCCCCUGGGACCUGCCCUACCCGUAACGGCUCUUUGUUGAGGGUUGCUCCGAGGGACAUUCUGACCGUUACCUAUCACUUACGACCGGGCAGUGUGCGCAAAAAUCUGUUCUGUGCAAAUAUCUUUUACCAGGGACUGAAAUUUAGAGUCCCAAGAGCUUUGUUGUGACAUCCAUUUGAGCUAACUCCAAGACUUUAACAAUGAAGAUUACUAAGAUCAUCUCCGUCAUCAUCAUCUGCAUCAUGGUCUUCUUACAUCAGUCAGUUGCCGAGGAUGCUCAAUCCUCCUCCCCACCCACCUCAUUACCAGGUCAUCUCAAGCCCUUGGCUUCCGAGGCUACCCGUCUCCCCGUCUCAGUGAUCCAGGACUUCCCUUCCCCUUACGAGUUCUUCCGCAGCUAUGUCUACCCUUCCGUCCCCGUCAUCAUCAAGCAAGGAGCAAGGCGUUCGCCAGCCUUCCAGAAGUGGACCGACGAGUACCUGAAGAGCUUGCCCGAGUCCCAGCAGCUGAUCAGAGUGGAGAUGCGGAAGGUUGAGGAAAGACAGUUACCGAGGAUGAAUAUGCCCUUCGCUGAAUUCCUGGACAGAUACCAAACCACCGAUGAGUACCUUGUUGCAAGAGUCCCAGAUUUCCUAAAGAAAGAUGUGCUGAUCCCGCCAUCUUUGCACUGUACCAACGUCACUGCUAAUUUGCUGGAAACAAUGCUCUGGUUUAGUAGCGGAGGUACCAAGUCCCACGUACACACCGACUAUGUUGACAUUAUCAACUGUCUGUUCAGGGGCCAGAAAGACUUCCUCCUCGUCAACUACACGCGCUACAGAGAACAGAUUAUUUACGAUCAUCCAGAAGGCUUCUACUCGAGUGUAGACGUGGAACGAGUCGACUUGAACAAGUUCCCUGAACUGAGGAACCUGGAGUUCUAUGAAGCGAAACUGCAAGCUGGCGACUGCAUCUACCUACCUUUCAAAUGGAUUCAUCAGGUGAAUUCCUUCGGCAGUAACGUUGCAGUCAACAUUUGGUGGAAUCACCAGGCAUACGUCGUGCCCUCCCCGGAGUCCUGCGGCAUGCCGGACCCGGGGCUCGAUAUCUCGCUGGCCGAUGUCAGAUUCCCGUACCACGACCAGACGGACACCGGCAUAGACUUUCUGAGGGAUCUCCACCCAGAAGUGGAUUUCGUCAGGAACCCGUCAGCAAGUUUGAGGGCAUUUAUGGACGAGGAGGAGACGGAAUCGCUGACAGAGCAGCAAUUUUUGGAAUUCAUGGACAUGAUGCUGUCAGGACCGGAGGGUGAGAUCUGGACGGAGGAAGCUUUGCAUGUUGCUCACCAGAUGUUCCAAAUGCUCGAUACUGAUGGCAAUGGUGAGAUUACAUCACAGGAUAUGGACACGUUUCCCAUAAAGAUCAACAAGUUCGACACCUUUUUCAUCAAUCUUGGGCAGAAGAUGAUGAUCCUAUGCGACAUCGCUGACGGUCAGAUUUCUAAACAAGUGCAGGAGAUUUUGAACAAGUUUGAGGAAGACAAGGUCCGGGAUGUUGGAGACACACCUUCACAUGAACAUGGCAGCAAGUACAGAGGGACCAGUGGUCAUACGCCCAUGCGCAAAGGGGAACUGUAAAAUAGGAACCAACUCAUAGUUUUGUCAUAAAGUUGCUAGGUCUAUAGUUUGCCUGGAAAUAAUACAAUGGAUGAAGAUAAUGGAAGAAAACUGUAUCUUUGAAUAAAAACCAUAAUCAUACUAUGUAUUAUA